GUGCAUAUAUUUAAACCCCAUGAAAUGCGACGUAACAGUAAUAACUCUCACAGUACAGCUGUUGUUUCUACACCUGUUAGUGUUUAUACAACAAGUGGUCUGAAGUUUUCUCAAUUCCCUCCCUCGAGGAAGAAUUCAAGUAAUAGUGUUCAAUUUUCUGACAAAGAUAUGGCUCCUCCAGUUUUAUCCAGUAUAAAUCAACCCGUUUCUGAAAUUAAACAAAAUAUGGCUAGACGUUUUAGUUGGAAAGUUGCUCCUAAAAUUCCUAAAUUUAUCAGAUCCUCUUCAAGUUCUUCAACAAAAUCUAGGAUAUCGGUAUCAACAUUAAAUACUGAUAAUUAUUUUAUUAAUCAAUCUGAUUCCUUGGAUAAAUUUUCUUCAUCCCCUACUAAACUUUCAUCUGAAUUACCUCCACAAAAUGUUUUAAAUGUUACCCGAACAAGCAAUGUUUCUGACUUAACGAAAUCAUCGAAUGAAGCUCAAGAUACUUGUUCAAUUUCGGAAAAUUGGGAGUCAAUUAAUCAAAUCGAUUAUAAGAAUACCUUGGAUGAUAAUACUGGAAUAAAUGGAUUAAAUGGAUUAAAUGGAGAGAAUAAUCCUAUAUCAACCAAAAUCAUUGGUGGUGCUCCAUUAUUAAUCUCUAAUAUUGGAAAAUCGUCGUCUUCAACUACAAAAACUCAAAAAAAGAACGUUAGAGCUGGUUCAAAAUCUUUACCUAAAAAUAUCUUUCGCUUUCUUAAAAAAGAUAAACCUCCGGAAAUUGUCACUACCCCUUCUCUUUCUCCUCCUUCUGUUAGUCAAUUUUCUUAUGUUUCUCCUCCACUUACUAUCCCCAAAAAAACUAGAAAGAAAAGAGAUUCUCGUCCAAAAAGCGGUAGUUUUGCUUAUACUAAACAAACUUUAGCCAACGUUCUAUUACGUAGAGUACGCAAUAAGUCCUCUUCUGAAACAACUGCCAAUGAUGGUGCAUUAACUUAUACAAGCUUUCCGGAUCCUGAUCCGGAAGAUUAUGUUAACAUUUAUCCUUGGGAUUUACCUGACUCAAUAUCAGCAACUGAAGCUGCUGGUGGUGUAUUGCAAAUGAUUGAAUAUGACGGGAUAUAUAUAAAUGUAGAUGCCUUAAACCGUCCGG